ACAUUAUACAUUUACAGUACAAAUAAAACCUCCACCUUGUCUUUAAUGAAUGCUUAGGCCCAGUACACUAUUGUAUUGUAAGGUUGGUUGCCAUGGUGACGCUUCAAGAGCCAAGUGUUCAGUGGGAAAAUACUUUGUAGAUAUUACACUAAUAUUGUGAAAUCAAUGACGUUUACUAUUUAUGUAACGUGGAGUUACGUUUCAUCCGGAAAUUAACUCAUGUGUUUUUAUCGAAUUCACUGAGUUUUUUUGGUGUUUAUUUUACAGGAAAAAGAUGAAAGCGAGCUCAUGUGUUUCAUAUUUUGAAUGGAAUGGUCCUCCGUCGUCACUCGCAAUGACCGUUGUCCGGGCGAGCCUCCUGAUUGGCCGACACGUGUGAAAAGGGCCAAACGGAGCGCUGCCAUUGGCUGACAGCUGUCUAGGAGGCGGGACCACAGCAGCGGCGACUGUCAAGAUUGGCGAAGGACUCCUCGGCGCAGGUAAAAAAAAAAAAAAAAAAAAAAAAAAAAAAGAGCCAGCGACGUCUAAAAAAGCCAAAAGAUUUCUCCUGGAAAAAGCCAAAGGCAACUGUGUGAUGGGAGCCGGCCGAUGUUUUGGCGCGGAAGAAGAGAGACGAACGCGAGGUGUUUGAGAAGAAAGAGGAAGAAAGUGCGAGCACGUUGUAGGCAGCAAGUUGGACAGCUGCGUGCUCAUCAACAAAGAAUGAAAGCCUUCAAGCGAACUCUGGAAGAAGAGCGCCACGCGGAGCAGGAGCACUCCUCUGCCAUGUCGGACAGCGACGACGGCUCCCCGCUGGACCUGUCAGGAGGCGGACUCUUUGGGAAGCGGCGGCGCCGCGGCAACCUGCCCAAGGAGGCGGUGCAGAUCCUCAGGAGCUGGCUGUACGAGCACCGCUUCAACGCCUACCCUUCGGAGCAGGAGAAACUGAGUCUGUCCAGCCAGACUAACCUCUCUGUGCUGCAGAUCUGUAACUGGUUUAUUAACGCACGCCGACGCCUCUUGCCGGACCUGCUUCGAAAAGAUGGCCAAGACCCGACCAAAUUCACAAUAUCCCGCAAGUUGAACGGCAAGGGUGACGGCCACUCCUCCACAGCAGGGGGCAGCAGUUCACCCGAGCGCCUCUCCUCCCAGCAGCGGCCGUCCGUCAUCCGCUCCGCUCCCACUUUGGACCUCAGCGUCCUGGGCAACACCGCCACGGCCAUCCUGACGGGAGCGGCCUACCCCGGCAUGGAAGGCCCGGUUCAGGCGCUGAUGCGGCUGCACACGCAAAGUCUGCUGAGGGAGGCCGAGGACCAGGGCGCCAACACGUCCGCCAGCCCCAGCGGCGGCUUCUUCAACACGCCUCCCCCCACCCCACCAGAGCUCCUACCUGCCCAGGACUUCAGUGAUCUCAGGCUUCUGGUGGAUGCAGCUCUACAGAGGGCAGCCGAGCAGGAGAACCUGCAGAGGGUCCAGGAGAGCCAGGUUCUCCAAGAGACGGGGACGGUAGAGGCGCGAAGUGACCUGGGCCCCACGCCGCCGCCCGAGGACAGCCAGCAGGUCUUGGAUCCGUGCAGAGUGCAGAGUCUGAUGGAGAAAGCUAUGACCGUACCUGCUGCUCCAUUGUCUGGACCAGCACCAGUCUUGGUCUCUGCUCCCAGGCUGUCCCCCCUGCCCAUGACCAAAGUCAUCUGGAGUCCAUUAGAGAAGGACAAUGUCCGAGCCUCCAGCCCAAAGCAGCUCAUCCCAGCCCACGUGCCCACCUUGGUCGCUGUGUCGGCCUCUGUGUUUGGUCCGCUCUCUUCUGAAAAUCUUGCAGUUUCAGAUUCAAGUCCAGGUUCCAUAACUCCAAAUUCUACCUCCACGAGCCAGGCCUCCUCACCAGCGCCCACCAUCGCCGCCUUCAGCGCCCCAAGAACUGUCCCUCUUUACCUGCCCUUCCACAAGUCUCAGUUGUUUCCAGUCGCCUUCCCGUCGCCCGGGUCUCCUCCCCCGGUCUCUACCUCCGGUCAAGCUUUGAAGUCUUCCUCCAUGUCCACGGUUCUGCCCUGCCUCAGCCUGUCCCCCCGCUUACCCCUCGCGGGCGGCGGUGGCGCACAGAGGCCCAGCGUUUGGAACGUGGUCCACGGCGACAGCAGGCAGCCCGCCCCCCUGCAGGUGGUCCAGCCCCCCCUCGCCGGCGCCGUGUGGGGUCCGCAGCACACCGCCUGCACGCAGUGAGGAUUUCUUUUGUGAAAAGCCCAGAAUGUAUUCCUUGUGAGAAGAACUCAUGUGCCUGCCAAGCAGAAGGUUUUAGGUUUCCAAAUGUUUUGCUCCGUUUUAGUCGGUUGGUUUUCGUUUCGAGCAUAAGGCGCCGGAAAUCAAGCAGCCGUUGGUUCAUGGACUGAGAACAUUCCAGAUGGAUUGUCCUGGACCACUUUUACGUCUUCUGUGGGUGUCAUAGUUUGCAUCUUCAGAAGCAACCUUCUUGUUUUUAUUACAACCAAGUCCUCUUUCUACCGUUCCAGUCUUUGCUGAUCUGGGAAGGGUUCUUCUUGUUGAUCAGCUGACAUAAAAUGUAGCCAGCAGGGCCCAAAGGAGGUCCAAGAUGGCCGCUCAAGUCUGAACUUGUUUCCAGCCUCGCGAGAGAGGGGGGGUGUGUGCCCAAAUGUGUUGCCUUUCAAUGGCCAAAGUGAAAAUGUGAAAUUUAAAAGUUGGGCCAUACCAGGAGUGAAACGUGUAGACCACAGGUCUCAAACCUCAUCUUUUUUUUAAUAAUGUACGUUUUGACAUUAAGGAAUAUACCUUUUAAACUUUAUUAUCAUCCAAUAUUGCAGAGCAAACAUUUUUCAUUAUCAUAUUUCCCAACCAUUUUUUACUUAAAAAUACUUCAAUAUCUGCUGGACUUAAAUUUCAAAGCACAUUAUCCAUCAAAUUGUAAAAAUGACACUAGAGGUUACGGUAAAAUAUACAGUGUUUUGUGCAACCCAUUACUGUGAAUUCAAAAACUAUUAUGUUUGUUUAGGGUAAAAGUCUCUGAAAGGAGCUGUCAGUUUUUUAUUGUAAAAUCCACAAUUGUUUCUACAGCGUGUUACUGUACAUGGAACAACAGUACAACAUUUUUUUUAGGGUAAAAAACUGGCAGCUCAGUUGCCGUAGAUUUAAACAAAAACGGUAAUAUACAGUUUUAUGUUGGAAAAACACCGUAACAUUUACAGUAAAAUUCUGGCGACUAAGCAGCUCGGUUUUUAUUGCAAAAACUAAGGUUAUUUUUACAGUGUAAAUGAAAAAUAGUACCACAUUUUUUACGGUAAACUGGCAGCUCAUUUGUCAUACUUUAAAAAAUGGUAAUAUACAGUAAUAUAUUGUUAAAACCACCGUAUACUUUAUUGUGAGAUUCUGGUGACUAAGCUACUAGUUUUUUUUUCGUAAAAUCUACGGUUGUUUUUAUGGUGUAUUACUGUAAAUGAAAAAUACGCUGAGAAACUGGCGGCUCAGUUGUCAUAAUUUAAAAAAAAAAACAUAAUAUUUUGUUAAAAACACCGUAUAAUUUACUGUAAACUUCAAGCGACUAGGCUGACAGUUUUUAUUGUAAAAUACAUUAUAUUGUUUUACGGUAAAAACUGGCAGCUCAGUUGCCGUAAUUUAAACAAACUUGCUGUCUUUUUCAAUUUACGGUAAUAUGUUUUAAAACAUCCGUAACAUCGUGGAGACAAAGCUGCCUGGUUGUUUUAACAGUGUAUUACUGUAAAUGAAAAAUAGUACCACAUUUUUUUUUUUUUUUACGGUAAAAAACUAAUAUACAGUAAUGUUGAAAUCACUGUAAAAUUCUGGCGACUAAGCUGCCAGGUUUUUAUUGAAACACUACGGUUGUUUUUGAAAUGAAAAAAAAGUGCCACAUUUUUUACAUUAAAAGAGUCUUAUACGUUAAUACCACCAUAUAAUUUACAGUAAAAUGCUGACAACUAAGCUGCCAGGUUUUAUUAUAAAAUACGUUACAUUGUUUCACGGUAAAAAAUAAAAAAAGGCAGCUCAGUUGCCGUAAUUUAAAGAAACUUGUUUUUUUUUUCAAUUUACAGCAUUAUGUUGUCUGGCAACUAAGCUGCCAGGUUUUUAUCGUAAAAUCCACUGUUUCUACAGUGUAUUACUGUUAAUGAAAAAUAGUACGACAUUUUUUUGGGACAAAAAACUGGCAGCUCAGUUUUUGUUUUUUUUUAAAAGGUUGUAUAUUUUUCCCCAAUUUAAUGUGAUGAAUUGUAAAAACUAGCGUAAAAUUCUGGCGACGAAGCUGCUGGAUUUUUAUUGCAAAAAACGGAUUGUUUUUACUGUAAAGGAAAAAUAGUACCACAUUUUUUUCUGAGGAAAAACUGGCAGCUCAGUUUGUUUUUUUUAAAUGUUGUAUAUUUUUCCCAAUUUAUUGUAGUAAGUUGUAAAAACUAGCGCAAAAUUCUGGUAACGAAGGUGCAGGUUUCUAUUGUAAAAUCUACAGUUUUUAUGACGUAUUACUGUAAAUAGAGAAACGGCACCACAUUUUUUACUGUAAAAAGCUGGCAGCUCAGUUGCCAUAAUUUUAAAAAAUGGUAAUACACUAUUUUUAAAACCACCAUAUAAUUUACAGUGAGAUUCUGGUGUUUAUGCUACUAGUUUUUUAUGUAAAAUCUACGGUUGUUUUUAUUAUUGUAAAUGGAAAAACAGUACCACUUUUUUUUACGCUAAACUGGUAGCUCAGUAGCCAUAAUUUAAAAUACAGUAACAUGUUAAAACCACCUUUUUUUUAAAAAAAGGUUGUAUAUUUUUCCCCAAUUUAAUGUAAUAAAUUGUAAAAACUAGCGUAAAAUUCUGGCGACGAAGCUGCUGGAUUUUUCAAUUUACAGCAUUAUGUUGUCUGGCAACUAAGCUGCCAGGUUUUUAUCGUAAAAUCCACACUUUCUACAGUGUAUUACUGUUAAUGAAAAAUAGUACGACAUUUUUUUUUUACCAAAAACUGGCAGCUCAGUUUUUUUUUUAAAAAAGGUUGUAUAUUUUUCCCCAAUUUAAUGUAAUAAAUUGUAAAAACUAGCGUAAAAUUCUGGCAACGAAGCUGCUGGAUUUUUAUGGCAAAAAACUGAUUGUUUUUACAGUGUAUUACUGUAAAGGAAAAAUAGUACCACAUUUUUUUCUGAGGAAAAACUGGCAGCUCAGUUUUUUUUUUUUAAUGUUGUAUAUUUUUCCCAAUUUAUUGUAGUAAGUUGUAAAAACUAGCGCAAAAUUCUGGUAACGAAGGUGCAGGUUUCUAUUGUAAAAUCUACAGUUUUUACGGCGUAUUACUGUAAAUAGAGAAACGGCACCAAAUUUUUUACUGUAAAAAGCUGGCAGCUCAGUUGCCAUAAUUUAAAAAAAAAUGGUAAUACACAGUAUUUUUAAAACCACCAUAUAAUUUACAGUGAGAUUCUGGUGUUUAUGCUACUAGUUUUUUAUGUAAAAUCUACGGUUGUUUUUAUUAUUGUAAAUGGAAAAACAGUACCACAUUUUUUUACGCUAAACUGGUAGCUCAGUAGCCAUACUUUAAAAUACAGUAACAUGUUAAAACCACCGUAUAAUUUACAGUAAAAUUUUAGCAACUAAGCUGCCAGUUUUUAUUGUAAAAUACAUUACAUUGUUUUAGGCUAAAAAGCUGGCACCUCAGUUGCCAGAGUAAAAAAAAAAAACAGUUGGAUUUUUUUUUCCAAUAUUCAGUAGUAAAAUGUUAAAACCACCGUAUAAUUUACAGUCAAAUCCUAGCAACUAAGCUGCCAGUUUUUAUUGUAAAAUACAUUACAUUGUUUUAGGCUAAAAAGCUGGCACCUCAGUUAUGAGAGUAAAGAAAAAAAAAGUUGGAUUUUUUUUCCAAUAUACAGUAGUAAUAUGUUAAAACCACCGUAUAAUUGGCAGUCAAAUUCUAUCGACUAAACUGCUAGUUUUUUGUGGGAUUAUCUUUCCAGUUACAGUAAAAUGUUAAACACUUAUUGUAAAAUGCUGGUGACUGAGUUGCCAAUUUUAUUGUAAAAUACAUUGCAGUGUUUUACGGUAAAAAGCUGGCACCUCAGUUGCCAGAGUAAAAAAAAAAACAGUUGGAUUUUUUUUAACAAUAUUCAGUAGUAAAAUGUUAAAACCACCGUAUAAUUUGCAGUAAAAUUCUAGCAAUUUAGCUGACAGUUUUUAUUGUAAAAUACAUUACAUUGUUUUAGGCUAAAAAGCUGGCACCUCAGUUGCGAGAGUAAAGAAAAAAAAAAGUUGGAUUUUAGUAGUAAUAUGUUAAAACCACCGUAUAAUUGACAGUCAAAUUCUAUCGACUAAACUGCUAGUUUUUUGUGGGAUUAUCUUUCCAGUUACAGUAAAAUGUUAAACACUUAUUGUAAAAUGCUGGUGACUGAGUUGCCAAUUUUAUUGUAAAAUACAUUGCAGUGUUUUACGGUAAAAAGCUGGCACUUCAGUUGCCAGAGUAAAAAAAAAAACAGUUGGAUUUUUUUUUCCAAUAUUCAGUAGUAAAAUGUUAAAACCACCGUAUAAUUUGCAGUAAAAUUCUAGCAACUAAGCUGCCAGUUUUUAUUGUAAAAUACAUUACAUUUUUUUAGGCUAAAAAGCUGGCACCUCAGUUGCGAGAGUAAAGAAAAAAAAAUUAGGAUUUUUUUUCCUAUAUACAGUAGUAAUAUGUUAAAACCACCGUAUAAUUGACAGUCAAAUUCUAGCAACUAAACUGUUAGUUUUUUUGGUGGGAUUAUCUUUCCAGUUACAGUAAAAUGUUAAACACUUAUUGUAAAAUGCUGGUGACUGAGUUGCCAAUUUUAUUGUAAAAUACAUUGCAGUGUUUUACGGUAAAAAGCUGGCACCUCAGUUGCCAGAGUAAAAAAAAAACGGUUGGAUUUUUUUUUUCCAAUAUUCAGUAGUAAUAUGUUAAAACCAACGUAUAAUUUACAGUAAAAUUCUAGCAACUAAGCUGCCAGUUUUUAUUGUAAAAUACAUUACAUUGUUUUAGGCUAAAAAGCUGGCACCUCAGUUGCGAGAGUAAAGAAAAAAAAAAAGUUGGAUUUUUUUUCCAAUAUACAGUAGUAAUAUGUUAAAACCACCGUAUAAUUGACAGUCAAAUUCUAUUGACUAAACUGCUAGUUUUUUGUGGUAUUAUCUUUCCAGUUACAGUAAAAUCUUAAACACUUAUUGUAAAAUGCUGGUGACUGAGUUGCCAAUUUUAUUGUAAAAUACAUUGCAGUGUUUUACGGUAAAAAGCUGGCACCUCAGUUGCCAGAGCAAAAAAAAAACAGUUGGAUUUUUUUUUUCCAAUAUUCAGUAGUAAUAUGUUAAAA